AUGUCCGGUGGUCUGCAGUACAUGGGACAUACUAGCCGCGACUGGGUAAACAAGAAACAAAAGUUUUCCAGAGAAGAGUCCCAAGAUGACGUGAAGAAACUUCUGGAUUUCUUCGAGAAUAUGCAGAAGAUAAACCCAGAGUUUUUCUAUGAUUAUGACGUUGAUGCAGAUAACCGUGUAAGAAACGUCUUUUGGGCCAACGGAAGUUGCAAAGGAUCGUAUGAAGAUUUUGGAGACUGUGUUACAUUUGACACGACGUAUAAAACUAACAAAUUCCACAUGCCGCUGGGAGUCUUCGUGGGAGUGAACCAUCAUCUACAGAGCACCAUAUUUGCUGUUGCAGUCGUGCGAGAUGAAACAAUACCGUCGUUCGAGUGGGUUUUCAAAACAUUUCUGAGGUGUAUGAACAACAAGCAUCCAAUCUGCAUGCUCACAGACCAAUGUUCUUCGAUGAAGGCAGCAUUAAAAACUAUCCUCCCACAUACUCUGCAUAAGUUGUGUCGGUGGCAUAUCAUGAAGAAGCACAAAGACCACCUCGCCUUGCUGUAUAAGGCGCACGAGAAACUUAAGGAUGACCUCAAUGCGGUGCUGAACCACCCACUAAUGCCGUCAGAAUUUGAACGAGCAUGGAAGGACCUCAUUCAGAGAUACAACUUGCAAGACGAUGAAGUGAUGAAUUCGCUGUGGGAAGACAGGCACGAGUGGAUCUCAGCUUACUACAAGGAAAUUUUCUGUGCUCGGAUGUCUUCCACACAGAGAAGCAAGAGCAUGAACCGCAUACUGAAGAAAAACUUUGUCAAAGAGAAGCAUGAUCUCCAUCUGUUUGCUCAGCAGGUGGACAAGUGCAUUCAGACCAGGAAGGCCGUCGAGCACACAGAGAUAGUAGCAAAUGAGUCAGAGGUAAAGACAACAACCCAGUUUGGGUUCGAAGUUCAGCUAUCAAAAGUGUAUACAAGGGCAGUGUUUGCAGAUUUCAAAGAAACACUCGACCGUAGCACUGCAUUCAGAGCAGAACGGUGCCCUGAGAACCCGACAAAGUAUCUCAUUAUGAUGCCGCGCUCCAAGGAUGGUCAUUAUUCCUUAUACACGAUGAACCAGCAUCGCCAGACGUUUGAUAUCCAUGACACUAGGAAGUACACUGGCCAUCCUGAUGUCACGACAAAGUGGCGCAGGACUGAUUACCACUCAGAUUGCACUGAAGUGAUGAGGAGGAUGACUCAGUUGCUAAAGGCGAUUUAUGGUGAAAAAAUGUAUAAAUCUAAGAACCACCCUGACUGGGUUAAAUUGGCAGAGAAGCCCUCUUACCCGGUCGUGCCAGCGCAGGGAGCAAACGAGUGCGGAAUCUCUAAGGGUGACGCAGUUCCUGCUGUUGAAGAUUGGAAGGCGGAGUACAUGUUCCAGCUGCUGUUCAAUUCUUCGAACAUGUUGUGUUAUGAAGACAUGUCGCUUGAGCUACGAGAACUGAUUGCGGACCUCGGGCUUACUUCCCUGUCGCAAUUGCAGACGCAGUAA